AUGCGGAGAGGAUGUAUGCAAAAGAAUCGAGAGAUAUCAUGUUAUCUCUUGACAAAGAUGUCAUGGAAAGGAAAUUAUAAACGUCUCUUUACAAUCGGUACACUCGGUGUCACGACGUAUAAUAAAGACACCUUAAGAGUGACAAAUCAGUGGACAUAUGAAGAAAUCUUUGAAGUGAGAAUAGAUCAUAACACCAAGUCGAGUCAACCGCAUCUUAAACGUUUUAUUAUGGAUUUAUUGGAUUCGAAUCGUAAACGUCAUGAGUUAACAUUUGCUACAGAAUAUCGUGUUGAAUUAUUGUCAGAUUUAUUGCAAUUUCGUGAUCGAUUCAUAAAGGAGAAUAAACCAAAUGUGAGGAUACAUGCUACUAAAGUCAGUUGGUCUGAAUCAACCUAUGAUGUUAUUUUGGAUAUUGGCCCAGUAUCAGUUAGUAUGCGUGAUCCGCGAACUGGUGAAGUUUGGAAAACGUAUACAUUUAAAGAUAUUGAAUGUGUCAGUAAGAUAAGCGAUAUUCCUAAUUCAGUGGCUAUUGUUCAUGGUGGAUUUGGACAUAUUCACAUAUUCCUUACACGUGAACCAGAUAAUCUAAUCCGUGAGAUUAAUAAAUCUGCUCAGGCCAACUUAUCACUUACAUUCAGUCAACCUAGGAAUCCGUUAACACGCGAUUAUUGUACAGAAUAUAGACUGGGUAAAAUCAGUCAAGAGAAUAUGAUAUCUCAAGCGGAAUUCACUGUCCAGAAGUUCUCUAAUCGUUAUGGUUCAUUAAAUCAAAUGAAAACUGUUUCACGUCUUAUGUGUUUAACUGAAACACUUCUACUGGAAAGAGAUCCAACUAGUUAUCGACCGGUUUCAGCUAGUCCACUGUGUGAAAUAAAUAGACUUGUUCGUGAUCGUUUUCAACCACAGAGAUUUUCUAUUGAAUAUGUUCGUGGUAAAAUUACAACAUAUUAUUCUACAGAUAGAGAUGCCCUAUUAGCUUCACUGUUAGAUGGUGUACGAGCUAGCGGGAAUCGUGAUGUCUGCGUGUGCAGUACAUUUUCUGAUCGUGAUCUACGUUUUAUGCCGUUAAUUAAUUCAUCAACAGAAGAAAUCGAGUCAGUGCAUUUACGACUUUUACGUCAGCGUCCAGAGGGUUUAUCAUAUUGGGAAGCAGUGCAGCGCUUUAAUGCUAAUGUUGCUUACAGUGGUUUAUUGCAUGCAGUUACACAAGAUGGAGUUUUUGCAGAGAAUAAAGAAAAACUGAUUAAAGAUGCAUUGACAACUAUUCUAACACAAGAAGUUCGUUUAAUUGAUAUGGCUGGUUUACCGUCUAUAAGACGAAUGCACAAUACCACUACCACUAAUGCCACUGAAAUUCCAAAUGCAUCAACACCUACUACUACUGUCCCAAGUAGUAAUUCGCAUAAUGAAUUAAUUUUCGUCGAAGCACAAUUUCAUGCAUUACGUCGGCUAGUAGCAUCCAAGGCUGGAUUUAAUGCUUUCACUCAGUUACCUGGAAUGCGUGUCACAUUGGGUCAGAUUGUUGUCAAUGCAUUGAAACUACGUGAUGAUGCUGUCACGCAUGCUGUAUUAGACGCUAUCAACACACUGAUGCAUCCAAUGCAUGAUCAUCCAGAUAUAAGACAAGAACAAUUGAAUAAAGCCUCAAUUAUGUCUAGUGAAGUAUUUCUCUCGCAUCUAGUGGAUAUAUUCACAUUGCAUACUUUACGUGGAAGUGGCUCCCUCGUCCUCUGCGCACUACUGGAUUUUUUCACUUAUGGUGUAUGCUUACCUUAUUCAGAAACAUCUGAAGGUGGUCUGUUCGAUAACUUGUUACGUCUGCUAGCCAAUCGUGGUAGAGCUUUGUUCCGGUUAUAUCAUCAUCCUAGUUUAGCAAUUGUUCGUGGUGGUGGAAUGAUUAUGCGUGCUUUAAUUGAAGAAGGUGGACCAGAUGUUGCUAAAGAAUUACGUAACCUGGCCUUGACAGAAGGUGCAUUAUUUCAUCAUUUUUGGAUUGCAUGUUUCACUCAAGGAAAAGAUCCACGAAGUCUGGCUGUACAACAGCUCAGUCGUCAAUUAGUUGCAUUAUGGUCUGAGAAUAAUGAUGAUGCAUGGGAUUUAUUUAAACGAAUGCUUCCAUUAGGUUUAUUAUCAUUUUUAGAGUCAAGCGAAGAACCACCAGUACAAGUUGUCAAUAUGCUACCAGCUAGAGACAAUUUACAACUGGCUCAUGAGCAUAUGAUGCGUAUUGAAGAACGUAAACAGACUAUUACUUAUCAAUUGGAGACUAAAAUUGACGAUCUACUUACACAUUGGCGUCUACGUGUUGGUCUGCCUAUACCAAAGAUUACUAAACCGAAUCAUUUAAAAGAAGCUGAAGAACGUCCUGUUGUCCUUCGAAGACCUAGACAUUUAUUACAAUCAUUACGUGGGGAUACAGAGAAACGUCAAUCAGCAGCUAUCAAUUGGCGUUUAUUUUUCUAUCAGUUUCAACAAGAUCAUGCUAAAGCUGAUUUAAUUUGGACAAUACGUACAAGGAAUGAAUUACGUGAAGCAAUGGAGAAAGAAUUACAAGAAUUUCGGCAGGAGCGAAAUUAUUUUGCACAAAGUCGUCUAGAAGAAUCAGAUACUGCUGAUAUUGAUCGAUCAGAACCGGUAGGACCUGGUCAACCAGAAAGAAUAUAUCCCAGUAGUGUUGGUGUCGGUGUUGGUUUGAGUAGUCGGGCACAGAGUACACCAGAUAUUAGUAGUGCUAUAACAAAUGGAAUAAAAAAUCAUACUGAUGAUUCUACAACAAACACUACUAUUAAUUAUAAUAAUAAUAGUAGUAAUAAUAAUGGUCAACUACAAAUUGAUCAGAAUAUUGAUGAAAAGAAGAAUGCUUUGAAAAAGUUGGAUGAUACAACAGAUCUACCAAAACGUCUUAAUAAUAAUAAUAUGAUUAAUGAUAAUAAUAAUAAUGUUCAUUCUCAAACUCUAACACGAUCAACAACUUCAUCUCGACGUACACGAGUGUCAGCUAGUCCAACUAGAAUACAAGCAGAUCGACUUAUCAAUCAGGCAAGUCUUGUUUCAUGGAAUCAUAGAGAAUUCAAAGUACACUAUCCAAGUUUAGCUGAAGAACCACGAGUUGGUAAUUACUUUCUACGUCUCUUGCUGGAAGAGGAUAGACAUAAGAAUGAAGUGAUUGAUGCUAAUACAUUGACAACAAGUAAUGCAGCUGAUAACGUGCCAGUCGGCUUAUCACGUAUUCGUGAUAGUACUGCAUUUUUCAAUGAACUAUUCCGUCGUUACUUACAGUAUGUUGCCUCUGGUCCAUUCUACUCAUUCAAUGAUACGUCAAUGAAUUUACAUCGGUCUAAUAAUACUAAUACUACUACUAAUAAUAAUGUACAUCGUCGUGUUAUCAUGAGAUGCCUGUGCUUACAUGCUAUGUCUGUUGUCUAUAAUCGUUGUCAUCAUGAAAUUGGUCCAGUGUCAGAUAUUCCCUUACUGAUCUAUUUGUUAGAUAAUACAAAAUUUCCAUCUGAAAGAGAUUGUCUUCUCCUACUGUUGGAUAAACUUAUGCUGAAUAAGGUCAAUGUCAUGUCAUUUGUCGACGCAGAUGGCGUACGUGUCCUAAUCGAUCUAGCGUGUUUAGCUCAUCUACAGACAAAUCGAGCGCCUACACCAUUUCAAUCGAAUGUAUUAAAAGCUAGUGCAGAACAAGAAAUCUCUGGCUCUGGUGCAAAUACACAACGUGAAUGGUGGUAUAUUAAUCCAAAUCGAACUAGUAUUAAUAAUAAUGGUAAUAAUGAUACUUCAGCAAAGCUAACAGGAGGCGGAGAAGCUGGAGGAUUACAGAAAUCGGGAUCUAAUCCUAUUCAAGGCCCAGUCAGCUUUAUGGAGUUACGUCAGUUGAUAAAAGAUGAACGAAUUAUUGCUACCACUAAGCUGUAUGCUCAAGGACUAGAUGCCGGCGUACGUUGUCGUCCUGAUGGAUAUUUAGCUGAUGAUGAUUAUAGUGAUUUAAGAGAUGAUACUUUAUCAAGUAACAACAUCAAUAAUAAUUUGAAUAGACAAUCAGCACAGAUGACAAAUGGAGAUGGGAAUAAUUUAGAUCCAUCAGAACAAAUCAGUGAAAAAACUGUUGUCUGUGGAAUGUAUGGUUGGGUACCAGCGCAUCGUGUUGUACAAAUUCGUUGGACUGUAUCAGAAUUAUUAGGCAUUAAUUCUUCCGCCAUUUCAUCGUCAUCAUCUAAUUCUCAUGAUAAUAAAGAUUCUGUGAAUGUUAAAGGUCAAGAGGUGAAUGUUGGUUGUUUAAUCGACAAGUUAGGCUAUAAUAAUGGCAUGUUUUUAGAUUAUACAAAUUUAGCUAUACGUUGUGUAGAUAUACUACAUCGACUUUGUGAUAGUUGUUCUUCACGUGAUGUGCACGGUGGUGUUGUACGCCCACUGCCGAAACCUCGUCGAGCUAUCUCUGAUGUCAAUUGUCUGCCACAUUUAAUUCAGUUACUGUUAACAUUUGAUCCUCCACUGGUUGAACGUGUUGUCUCUUUACUACACGUUGUUAUGGAUCAAAAUCCUUGUCUACCAAGACUGUAUUUAACUGGAAUAUUCUAUUUUGUAUUAUUGUACACUGGAAGUAAUGUAUUACCAAUUGCAAGAUUUUUAAAAGAUGUACAUAUGCUACAAGCAUUACGUCUUGAUGAGUUCACAGGAUCAUCUGGAGCUGAUCUCACUUCAAGAUCCAUAUUGGGGAAUAUGCUACCAGAUGCAAUGAUUGCUUAUUUAGAAAAUCAUUCACCGGAGAAAUUUGCUGAAAUAUUCCUUGGUGAUUUUGAUUCACCUGAAGCUAUAUGGAAUCCUGAAAUGCGAAGGUAUAUGAUUGGUCGGAUAACAUCACAUUUAGCAGAUUUCUCACCUCGCCUACAAAGUAAUAUACGUGCUAUCUACCGAUUUAUUGGUAUGCCAAUAAUUAUCUAUCCUCAAUUGGAGAAUGAAUUAUUCUGUAAUAAUUAUUAUCUACGUCAUUUAUGCGAUACACGGCGAUUCCCUGAUUGGCCUAUACGUGAUCCGGUGGCAUUGAUACGUGAUAUUUUGAAAGCUUGGCGUGAUGAACUUCAGAAAAAGCCUGUAAAUAUGUCCUAUGAAGAAGCAUUACGUGAACUUGGCUUAGAUGUGAAUCAAUUAAACUCGUCAAAUGAAGAAUCAUUUAUUCGUAGAGCUUAUUAUCAAAUGUCUAUGAAGUAUCAUCCAGAUAAAAAUCCAAAUGGUCGAGAGAAAUUUCAGUCCAUUACUAAAGCCUAUCAAUUUUUAUGCAAUCGAAGUAAACUGUCGCGUGGACCGAAUCGUUUACAUAUUCAAUUGAUGCUUCGUGCUCAAAGUAUUGUGUACAGACGUUAUCGGCCGUUACUUCUAUCACAAAAAUAUGCUGGUUACCCAAUGCUAGUGGCUACAAUACUCGCUGAAACAGCUGAAGACAAGUUAUUCUCCUAUGGAACACAAACAGAUCAAAGUGAAAGUACGGAGGAAACCACCACUGGUCAGCCAACCACUCCUGGUGAUGGCAAGAGCAGUAGUAGUAGUCAACCAACUGAGACUGUAGAGAAUGCUGUCCUCCUGGUGGCUGCCACAGAGCUCACUUAUGAAACAGUUGUUACUAGUGUAUUGAAUGCAGAAGAAUUACGCCGUGAAAAUGGUAUACCCGUAUUGCAGAAAGCAUUUUCACAAUGUUCAAAUCUGCUAUCUCGAACAUCAAGUCAACCGUCCCACAUAAUUGUACAAGUCUGUGGUCAUAUUGUUUCUGUAUUGGCUGCUGCAUCAUUAUUCCCGACUUCACGUCAACAUAUUCAAGAGACACCACAGUUGGUAAAAGAUACAAUGAGAUUAUUGUACUAUAAAAAUUUACCUCAACUCUGUUGUAAAACAGCCGUAUGCGUAGCAUCAUUUUGUAUAGAUUAUUGGUUAUGCGUUACAUGUUAUGAAUAUGGCGGAUUAUUUCUACUACUUCAACAUGUUUUCGCUUAUGAUUUCACUUUGGAAGAGGCGGGUGUCGAGAUUAACGAGGAGACUAAUUCACAAGUGGUUGCUAAUCGUUUAGCUCUGCUGUGUUUAUGGGCUAUCGGCCGAAUGGUGAAUAGUUAUACUACUGGUCGUGAGGUAACAGAAGACGGUUUUCUAGCUCGUGAAGGACCAGAUGUUAUGGAGGCAUUGAGCCGACUACUGACACCACAUUUAGCACGUAAAAUUCUUGAGCUGAAUGUCUACGAUUCAAGUCAAGUUGGCCGAUCGGGUAGUACGAGUGAUUCACAAAUAAUACACGAUUUCCCACCGGAUACACCUAGAGGAAAGUAUUUACGUUCAUUGGCUAAGUUGUUGACAACAAAUUCUGUAACACCGUAUUUAAUAUGGGAUAAUCGAUGUAGAGCUGAAUUGGAAACGUUGAUCGACUUUCAGGUGGUUCGUUUGAUUAAAACUGGAGAAUGCAAUCCGAAUUCUGUUCUAACCUUUACACAUGAAGCAUAUGCUCAAGAGCUACUGAUUGGUGAAGUAUUUGUCAGGCUGUACAAUAAACAACCAUCUUAUGCACUUGAUGAUCCUAAAGGUUUCAUUAUCGAUCUAUUUCAAUUUCUAACAAUUGAAUUACAAAAUCUCAAUUCAGAGAAACUCUACUCCAGUGAUCAAUUGUCCCGGACAAAUCGUGUUAAUUCAGAGUUGGAAUUCACUUCAAAAGAAAGAGAAGAAGUCAUCUCUAUUGAUGAUCCAGUUAGCUUAGAUGAUGAUGGUGAAAUUGAUUGGGCUGCAGAAGCUUCACAUAUUACCAGUCAAUGUGUAAUGAAUGUUACUUCUGCACUGGAAGCAUUAACAAAUGUGAUACGUCAUAAUACUGGUCUAGAUAUCCAAUGCAUAGGUCAUUUCUCUUUACUAUUCUCAAUACUUGACCUUCAUGAACAUCCUGAAAUUCAGCUGCGUGCAUUAGAUGUUAUUCAGUCUGUUUCAACCAAUCCACAGUGCCUUGAAGAUAUGGCAGCAUCACAAUUACUAACAUCAUUGGUUGUAUUAUUUUUUAUUCUCCCACGAGCACAUUUUAUCCUUGUACAAACAGUGGAUCAUUUAAUAGCAUCAUCCACGCUACUUAAAGAAUUUAUCUAUGCUGGUGGUUUAAUCUAUUUACUCCAACUGGUGUGUAGUUCACCACAACAACAAGAUCGUCAAGCUACAGUACGCCUAUUAUCGCACUGCUUAAUUAAUAAACAAUUUGGACGACGGAUACAAGCCAUUAUGAAUCAAUAUUUGCCGAGUGUAUUUGUUGAUACAUUGAGAGAUCAACCAGAGAAUUUUUUAUCAUUAUUUGAUGCUGAUCAUGAAAAUCCAGAGAUUAUAUGGGAUGCAAGUCUACGGGAUAUGCUAAGCAAAGUUUUAAAUGAACAGAGUCAAAGCUUCUAUGCUAAGCAAACUGAAGAUCGUAAUAUUAAAUGGAAUCUGCCAGAUUCCUUUAAAGUUCCGUAUACUGAUGUAAUCGCUAAAAAAGCAAAUGAACAAAAUAAGCAUAAACCGAAUGAAAUAGCACAAUAUGUCGCUUGUCUUGGACCAAUUCAAGUAGCUGGUGUCUACUUACACUUGUAUAUAUCACAUCCUGGUUGGACAUUACGUCAUCCGGAGUUAUUUUUAAAUGAAUUAAUGGAAAAAUGGUAUCAGGCAGUACAUCAGCUACCGGAGUCGAAUAUUUUAGUACGACUGUUGACUAGAGCGUGUAAAACAGUUCUAACUGAUCGUCCAGGUUUAAUUGACUCCCUGCCACGAUCAGGUAAUGUACAUAGAAUAUUAGAAUUAUUAGCUAAAAUUGCUGAUCCUGAAGGAGCUAGAGCUAUUGUCAUCCUCUUACAUCAAAUGUCAUCAAGUAAAUUAUGUGUACAAUCAAUGGCUGAAAGUGAUAUGAUUGGUGGAUUAAUACGUGUUGUUAAUCAAUGCAUUGGUGAAGAAUUAGGCUUAAUCGGUGAAACAUUAUUCUGUCUAUUUGAUACACAAUACUCUGAUCCAUUAAUUGAACAGGCUUUAAAACAUGAUCUUAUUGGAUUUGUAUUACGUAUGCUACAAAAUGGUUUCCCGUCAUCAGUACGAGAACCGGGUCAGACACGAGCUUACCUUAUUAAAGCAUUGAAAGCUAUGCAGUAUAGUGCUGUACAUGGGGCUAAAGUCACUGCAAUUUUGGACAGUUAUCCUAAUUGGGCAGAUUAUCGUGAUCAAGGUCAUGCAUUGUUCAUCUCAAAUAUUCCACAGUCAGCAACUACCUAUUUAACAGCUGGACCAGCUUCAGGCAGUUUACACAGUGGAUAUUUAACUUCACAUGAAGUAGCACCACCCCCACCUCCAUCAAUGUCAAAACCGUAUUCAUGA